UGUAUCCGAAAUUACAUUUGUGAAAUGUAACUGACAAGAAUUAAAAAUUUAGUAAGAGUAAGUACAAUUUUUUUUACCGUUGAGCUAAAUUAAGCAAAGGUAACCAAUGUGUACAUGUCCAGCAAAAUGUAUCGUAACUUCCUUUUAUGCUCGAUCAUGAAAGAGAAGAACAAUGACAAUGACGCAACGUAUAAGAAAGGAUCACCAUGAGACGGACAAGGAAGGCUCUGCGUGAUAUUUCUGACCUCCUGCUCCUCAAAACGAGUAAGUAAAUUGUUUCUAAUGUUUACAAACAACGUAUAAAUAUAUUUUAUAUCGUUGUAUGCAGAUUUAUGCAAAACUUCCGCGUUUGCAAGUCGAAUUUUCAUUACCUAUUGGGGAAAAUUGGUAUGAGUGGCGGUAUGAGGAGUACAUACUUACCGUGUUGGUAUGUAUGUUGCGCUGCGCGUUGUGGUGUUGCGCUUAGUCAUGACUUUAGAGUUGUUGGCUUCAGAAGCUUACCAAUGGGUGGCCUGCGGCUAUCAUACCAUAAGUGUUGCACAAAGCAUGUUGUCAACCGUUGUCUCAAAGGUGUUACAAGAUUUGGAAACAAAACUUCUGUAUCCACUUCUUCUACUUUUAUAUUUUCUUUUUUUCCGGUGGUGGAUACCGCCUGGAACAUUGGCUGACGACGCCUUAUCGAAGUUCGGCGAAUCCCCAAAGGAAAAUACAACGAAAUUCAUCCCAAAGUUCCCUUUGGGGGAAAGUGCACUGGUCGCUGGCAUAUUUUACAGGAAAAGCGGAAGAAGCGGUAUAGCUCAAAAGAACUGAGAAGAAUCGCAAACGUUUGUUUGCGUGAGAUCAUUUGAACUCUCCAGCAUUAUAGCAACCUAUGAAGAUGAUAGUAUUGAUGUUUCUGUGAAGGUACCGCAAUUAAGCCAGUUGGGUGCACAAGUUAAAGA